AUGACUAAAAUACUGGGACUUUCAGGAAAUGAAUUUAACCAAAGAUUACAGAAAUUUGAAAGUCGGCAUCAGUCUAACUAUCAAAAUACUUUCCAAUCUACUAUAGAUAAAAGUAUUAGAGAAUACGAAAAUGAGAUAAUUGCAAACGUCAAUAAGAUCAGUAAUGUCAUUACCUUUUGUGUUAAGCACUCAUUUUAUAUUGAAUCUUUGACAAAGAAUCUUGAAUAUAUAGUGAAAAUUUGCAACCAGUUCGAUGAAAGUAUCAAAAACAACAAGAGUGUUCCUGCUUAUUACUGGCUUCAAUCUGAAAACAGCGAUUUUCACUUGGAUAUUUAUAUUUCUACUCUGUUAGAGAUAUAUAUGUUAGUCUUUAAAGUGCCUAACCAAUUGGCAGCUUAUUUGUCUAAAAUUAAGCAGGCACAUCUUAUACUGCUAAAAUUCUGGGCAGAUAUAGAUAACCAACGAAGGACUGAGUUAUCUGUCAAGGCAAGAUUAUAUGAGGAAAAGCAGACUAAAAAGAAGAAAGAAGCAAAGGGAUUCAUGAAAGGAAUACGGCACUAUGAGAAGGAGUUAGAGGCUGCAUUCAAUGAUUCCAAUUAUUUUGAUUUUGAUUUUGCCAGAACUAUGUUAGCAGCUAAUUGGAAAAAGUUGAAGGACUUGAUUGGACUGGCCUAUCAAUUUUUGAAUGUUCUAUUUAUCAGUGGUACUUUGAUUCAAAGUUGUCAUUUGGAAGCUGCUCGAGUGAUGUGCUUGCUAAUUGGAAAGUUUGGAAAUGAUUCCCAAAAAAACAUUUAUUUGAUUGGACUAUUGAAGGAUCUUGUUAGAUAUGAGAUUAAAGGUAUUCAAGAAAUGAAACCAAAGGAGAUCCAUCAAACCGAGGUAGUUCUUGAUUCUCCUAAGUGUGCAGUUCUUUCACAACGAGUGAUUGGCAAUUAUUCAAGUCGAGAUAAUAUUUCAAAGAAGCAAAUUCAAGACCAAGCUAGUGUUUUCACUCCAGGAAAGGAAAACAAGCAGAUCUUCGAAACUUCCCGAUAUGGAUUUGAAACACUUCGAAAAGUCACCACUUGUCUGGAACCGGUGGAGAUUUUAGAGUAUAAGCCAGAGCAAUCAAUUUCUGAUUUAAGUGAACAACUUUCACACAACAGAUUCAACGGGGAUGUUCCUUCUAUGUCGUCUGGUAGAUCAAUAUUAAAAUCACGAAUAAACCCUAAUUUUGCAGAUGAAUCUAUGAGUGUUGCCAAUGUGACAGACGAUGAAAAUGAUAGUGAUGAUGAAUAUCAGAAGGAAGUUAGUGGUAAUUGUGAACAUAAUAGCGAUGAUGAGGAAGAAGAUGAGAACGAUACGGACGUCGAAAUUCAUAGCCAAGCAUCUUCAAAACGAUUAUGGUUUAAAGAGAAAGCCAGUCAUUUUUUCAAAUCAAUCUAUGAUGUAGAAAAUAAAGAAUCCAAGAUAACAUGA